AUGUCUUGGGCAACCUCAGGUCCUGGCUUUUGGGGCGCGGCUGCAGGAAGCCUGUUCCUACUCUGGAUUUCCUACAGCGUUAUCUAUGCCUUUUGCUGGUCGCCUCUGCGUCACUUUCCCGGUCCAAAGCUAUGGGCGAUAUCUCGCAUCCCGUCUAAUAUCUCCGUCCUCCGUGGUUAUAACCACCUGGACAUGCUGGCGCUGCACAAAAAGUACGGACCUAUCCUGCGUAUUAGUCCCGAUGAGCUGGCCUUCAACACAGCACAGGCCUUUCGGGAUAUCUACGGCCCCAGACCUGGAGGUUGUUUCCCCAAAAAUCGGAGCCAUUAUAUAGCUCCAGUGAAUGGGGUCGAUCAUUUGGUCUGUGCGAUCGAUAAUGCCACCCAUGCAAGACAGAGACGACUGCUAUCGCAUGCCUUCUCCGAGAAGGCUUUGAGGGAGCAAGAAGGCCUUAUCACAGGGUAUGUAGACACCUUGAUUACCAAACUACGGUCUGAGAUUCGGUCUGGCACAUCAAUCGUGGAUAUCAAAAGUUGGAUGAAUUUUACCACUUUUGAUAUCACCGGUGACCUCAUGUUCGGCGAGUCCUUCGACUGUCUGAAAGACAGUGAGCUUCACCCAUGGAUCAAGUUGGUCUUCAAUUCUAUGAAGGCUCUUGCUUAUAUUGGAGCUGCGAAUCAGUUUCCUUUGCUCAAGGGUGUCUUGGACCUCUGUAUGCCCCGAGAAGUCAAGCGCGUCGGACAAGAACACUUCGAUCUAAGUUCGCAGAAGGUCGACCGACGCUUGGAGGCAAAUAUGUCCCGUCCAGACUUUAUGUCUGCUAUUAUACAGCAUGGAGUUAGCGAGGAGAAGGGGCAGUACCGCGAGAGCGAGCGUAUCAUGACUCGGGCUGAGAUUCAUUCUAAUGGAUUUAUUUUGAUCGUGGCAGGGAGUGAGACGUCCGCAACCCUACUAUCUGGCUGUCUCUUCUACCUGUGUUCGACUCCACACGUCAUGAGCCAACUCGUUGCCGAGAUUCGCUCAACUUUCAAAAAAGAAAGUGACAUGACCUUCCGCUCCGUGGAAAACCUCAAGUACAUGAAUGCUGUUAUCGAGGAGUCGCUGCGUAUGUACCCGCCCUUUGUGACGAGUCUCUCGCGUGUUGUACCAAAAGGCGGAGCAAUCGUGAAUGGCCAUUUCGUUCCUGAGGAUACAACUGUGGCAUGCCACCACUACGCCUCCUACCAUUCCGAGUCCAACUUUGCCUUUCCGGAUAGGUUCAUGCCAGAGCGGUGGCUGGGAUCUGAUCCGGUUUUCGAGAAUGAUAAGAAAGAUGUCCUGCAGCCAUUCAGUCUUGGUCCACGCGUCUGCCUUGGAAAACAUCUAGCAAAUUGUGAGAUUUGUCUCAUUCUCUGCAAGCUCCUCUUUCACUUUGACAUAACCCUCUGCACAGAGAGCACAAACUGGGUUGACCAAAAAGUCUUUUUCCUUUGGGAUAAGCCGGCUCUCAUGGUCAAGCUCCAAGAUCGAUAUCCCGACGCGGGUGUGUCGAGUUCUCAGGAUCCUAAACCUUCGUUCUCAUAA